UUUUGUAUGACAUGACUGUUCCAGCGUGAAAUAUGUCCAUUCCAGUAAAUUUUGAAAGAAACUGAAAAAUAAAAUACAUAUUGACGUUUGCGACGUUUGCUCAAAUUCUACUGCAAUUCAGCUACAAUAAAAGAUUUUUAUGAAGUUUAAUUUACAAACAAAAGUUUCUUUAUAAUUAUGUAUAACUUGUAGUUUAUAGUAAAAAAAUGUCUUCAAGUGUUAGUAUAGAACAAACUUCUUUGGAAGUUAAAGUGCUUCAUGAAGUGGAAUCAUUUAUUUCUGAAGAAGCGCCCAUUGAGGAGUGGUCAUCGUUGAACGCACAAAUCCCAGAGGAAAAUGCGAAGCGGCUGCUGUAUGAACAAGGUUUGUACAGCCCUGGGAGUGGCGAAAUUUGUGCUAAAUAUGUACCGCUAUCUAGGAGCUCAGUCUUUCGUCAUCCUUAUUACAACUAUCCGUCUAUCCUCGACCCUGGCAUCAAGGAGGCACUGCUGAAUCCAGCACCCAAGAUUAUCCUUAAUUCAGAUGAUGGCCAAGAACUUUAUCUAGAUUUAUGUAAAGAGAUGCGCAUUUGUCCCAUUCGAAGUUUUCACAGAAAACUCUUAGAUCGUGAGAUAGAUUUAAGCUAUUACGGAAUUCACCCACUGGGGUUUCGACCUAUCGCAAUGGCUCUGAAUAAUAAUAGAUUUGUUAAAGUAUUAGAUUUAACAGAUAACUGGAUAAGCGAAGACGGGUGUUACCAUUUAGGUGAGAUGCUUGUUACAAACAUCAGCCUGGAAGAAUUAAAUUUACACGGUUGUCGGAUUGGACCAGAAGGCGCCAGGCGUUUGUUCGCAAACGUUCAUGUCAAUCGCACUUUACGCAAAAUUAAUCUCGCUGAAAACUGUCUGACCGAUGCUGGUGUGGAAUUCUUGUCAAAAGCGAUCUAUUUAGGCUCUGAUAUAGUAAAUAUAAACCUCAGCCAUAACAGUUUGACAGCAAAAUCAUUAGUCACGCUCACUUCUACCUUUGAAACACACAACAAGCUGACUCAUCUGAAUUUGUCUUGGAAUACCAUAUUUUCACCUAAUGCGAUUUUUUAUUUGUGCAGUAUGCUAUCGACAAAUACGAAACUCGAAGAGAUAAAUUUGUCAUGGAACUCUUUAUCCGGCCCUCGUAUAGGUAAUGCUAUUAAGCAGGUUAUGAAAGCCCCAAAUUUAAGAUCACUCUAUUUAAAUAAUAAUAGACUAUCAGACGAGGUAACUCAAAUAGCGCAAAGUUUACCAAAUAGUAAGUUAACAACUCUGGAUCUUUCAAACAAUCCGUUGACACCGGACCAUGCUUUGUUUUUGCUAUCAAAAUUAAAGAUACGUAAAGUAAAAUUGCAAAACCUUUUUCUUGAAAAUAUUUUAGUGACCGCUGAGUUUAUUGAAUUAAAAGAUACAAUAUUGGAUAUGAAAUCUCGGAAAAAUGUUGUUAUAAAAUGGGGAGAAGUUAUACCUAGGUUAGUUUCAGCAAGUGCCGAUAUGCGAGAAAUAGUAUUAAGGAGAGCUGAAUUUCUAUGUAACAAAGGUAAAAAGUCAAGCGUAGAUAUAGCUCUAGUAUUUUUAGAAAUAUGCAAAUAUAAUGAACGGCCGUUGGAGGUAAAAGAAUUUUCACGGGCACUUAAAACGCUCGGUGCUACUAGUUUGGAUGCUGAUUUGAUAGAGGAGAUCGUGAAUAGUUUUCCCGGCCCCAGUAAUAAGAAAGUAAAGACGAUUGACUUGGUCAUGUUGGUAGAUUACGUCCACCGCAGAUGGCCUGAUAAGAAAUUGCCUCCUACGCCACCACCGGAAGAAGUCGUACCAGAAGUUAAAGAUAGUAAAAAGAAGAAAAAGAAGAAAUGAGUUGAUGUUUAUCGUUAUAAUUGUUUGUCCUGUUUUAUAAGAUUAGUUUUAAUUAUUGAUUGUAUU